AAAAAAGAAGAAAACGUCUCAUUACUAUCUUCGAAAAAUAUAAUUUAUCGAUAUUUUGCGAAUAUUUGAUAUCCAUGUCCAUUAUCUCUGACGCAACAUUUAAUUGAGAUUUAACAGUUAUUCACUUUAACCAAGGUGUCAUACGUUUGAAUGGGCAAACUAUUAUUCGGUAAUGAAUAAUGAAUGAGCAGUAGCAACUGGAAUUAGAAGUAGCUCGAACGGUAGAAAAUGAAAGUUAGGAAAGUCCGCUUCCAUAGACAUAGUCGAUGCGGAAGCACUCUGGCAACUACUUCUUGUUGCCGUUGAUAAAGAAAAAAACAAAUUCAAGAAUUAUUAAGAAUAAAGCAAUUAUAUUAAUCAAUUAAAAAUCAAAAAAUACUUCUUAUGAAUAAAUGAAUGAAAAUAUUGAAACUCUGCCAUGCCAUAAGAUUGAAUCAUCAAUCACAAAUACUAUUCAUUUGAAUAUAUUCAUACAUAUAUUCAAAAUACAUACAGCUUGUUACGUUAAUAAAAGCAUGAAUGUUGUUAAAUGUAUCAUCUAUAAGAAAGAUUUACUUUUUUCAAUUGUUAUCAUUAUAAAUGUCCACUUUACGUGAUCGUAUCGUUGUAGUAAUUAAAAAUGAAUAUAAGGAGAUAUAAGUAACGCUUGCUAAUACUUAAAGAUUUCUUGUAAAUUCAAUUAAAAAUAUGAAAUAAAAUAUUUUCUUUUUGUAUAAACCACGUUCAAGCAUCAUUACAUGUCAGUAGUUUUACAUGUCAAGUUGUUCUCGAAAUAUCCUUUAACAGGAAUCAGUAUUGAUCUGACCACUUUCCUCUCCGGAAACACUAGAGUCGUCAAUGGACAGCAUCGAGUUCCCGGUCCGAUCAAAGAAAGGAACCCGAUCUAGACUCUGAUCCGGAUUCAUCGAACUAUUAAUCCACUGAUCUGAAAAUAUAAAAGCCUACCGACAUCUCGACCUUCUGAACAGUUGCACUCCGACGCAUGAACAAUGUUGAAGGUUUUGGUAAGGCAACCGUUAAAAAAAGAUAAAGAGGAGGACGAUUUGAUUUUUGUGGCAAGCGAAAAAUUGAGUUACUAUUAACGACAUUUCUUCAUGUUACAGUUAAUCCUGACAAUUCUGUGUGGUUCCGUUUUGACGGAGCAACCUACGGAAGAUACGAAGCAAAGGAAACGAGGUAUCCUGGGCGGUAGCGAUGGAUGGAUCGGUAUGCCGAAUCCAUAUUCUUACGGAAACGGCCAACCAUGGGCAAAUAAUCAUAAUCCAUGGAAAAGUAUUAAAUUCGCGAAUAUCAAUUUACACCAUGAAGGAUGGAACGGAUUUGGGAAUUAUGGAAGGGGAAGUUUCGCUUUAGCAUCCGGAACGGGCCAUGAACCAUUAGUGAAGACACUUCCUGUAUAUAUAACGAAACAUGUGGUCUUGGAAAAACCAGUUCCGGUUCCGGAACCAGUUUACAUAGAGAAACCAUAUCAUAUACCGGUAGAAAAGGUGAUUCCGGUACCGAUCGAGAAAAUUAUUCACAAACCGAUACCUGUACCUGUACCAGUUCCACAGGCAGUUCCAGUUCCCGUGGAACACGCUGUACCGAUACCGGUGAAACAUCCCGUAGCAGUGCCAGUUCAUCAGCCUUAUCCAGUACCGGUGAAGCAAGGAAUUCCAAUACCAGUACCAGUUCCGGUUCCAGUACACUCAUUGUAUGCUCCGAUAUUACCUGGUCCAAUUUACGGUAGAGGUUUUCCGGCCGGUCCCUUCUAUCCGUCGUUACACGAUCAAGCGCACUUUGGUCAUGGCUUUGUCGGACACGGUUAUGCUCAUGGAGUUGGUCACGGCUUCGGUUUAGGGCAUGGCUAUGGUGGUCACGGCUACGGUGGUUAUGGCUAUGGUGGCCACGGCUAUGGUAGUCACGGCCAUGGAGGUCACGGCUAUGGCCAUGGCUAUGGCCAUGGCUAUGGGUACGGAUCGUAUGGAUACGAUCACGCUCGUCAUUACGGCCAUGGUUUUGGUCAUGAACGUAAAGAAAAACGAAGUAAAAAUUAAAAUAAAUCAUAAUAAUAGGGACGAUUUACUAUUCUUAAUAUAAUUUCAAUUAAAAUGUUCAACAAGUGAAGUCUUAACUCUUGCAAAUGCGUACCAAAGUAAAAGUUUAUAAAUCUCCAAACGAUCGCUAUCGCAGGUAACAUGCAGCAAAUGCUUGAAUUCAUCGCUGAUGCAUACUUUAUGUGAUCUCAAGGAUGCCGAACUUGAUUUCCGAACUUGACUCGACUACACGCGAUGAAAUAACGACUGAAAUUAGACAACCUUUCCAACUUAAUAAAUAA